AUGGUUGGCGAUGUGCUUUUUGUGAAUGCAAAUUUUGUAAAUAAUUUAAUCAUUUAUACGCGUUGCGAAGUGUCUAAACAUGUUAAGCUUAGCUAUUUAACUAAAUACUCCACGAAAAGUCACACUUGAGUGCAGAUGGUUGAUUUGCAAGGACUUAGGAAUUUGGUCUCAUAGUGCCUAAUAGGCCUACUAAAAAGUUUUGUAGUGGUGCGACCACUGACUGUUGAUUUUCAUCAAUUUAAAAUGACUACAUCAUCAGAGGACGUACUCUUGAGUGUGGGACACGUUAGGUACAAGAAGGGUGAUGGAACUUUGUAUGUGAUGAACCAAAGACUUGCAUGGAUGUUGGAAAAUCGGGAUACAGUUGCUGUUUCUCACAAGUACGCUGAUAUUAAAACACAAAAAAUUUCACCAGCUGGUAAACCUAAGGUGCAGCUGCAAGUAGUAUUACACGAUGGAACAUGCUCCACGUUCCAGUUUGUUAACUCUGGGGGCCCAGAGGCCCAAGCGAAGGACAGGGACCAAGUUAAGAUGUUACUGCAGAAUCUACUCCCUAAGUUUAAGAGACAGAUUGAUGGGGAAUUAGAAAUGAAAUCCAAAUUACUAUCUCUACAUCCUACUCUAAAGCAUUUAUAUGAAGACUUGGUGAUAUCAAAGGUGAUAAAUAGUGAGGAAUAUUGGAAUACGCCCACUUUGAAACACUACACAGAAUCCACUAGUAUGAAACAAGAGGCUGGUGUGUCCGGAGCAUUCCUAGCUGACAUCCAGCCUCAGACUGAUGGCUGCAACGGACUGAAAUACAACCUGACGCAGGAUAUCAUAGACGCCAUAUUCAAAACAUACCCAGCAGUCAGAAAGAAACAUGUCGACUAUGUGCCCAAUAAGAUGACGGAGGCUGAGUUUUGGACCAAGUUCUUUCAGUCGCAUUACUUUCACAGAGACCGCAUAGCUUCGUCGUCGAGCAAGGAUCUGUUCGGAGAGUGCGCCAAACAAGACGACCAUGCGAUCGCCUCGGCUAUGCGGCAUACUACACUGGAUCUCACGGUCGAUUUACCCCAAUUCACGGAGUCCGUCCCUUUCUUGCCAGACGACGAUGCCGGUGAGAAGGAAAAAGACGGCACAUCCAUACACCGCAGUAUGAUCAAGCGGUUUAACCAACACUCAAUAAUGGUACUCAAAGCUAGUCAUCAGAAGGCAACCAAUAGCACCAAUAGCAGUAGUAAUAGCAAUAGCAAAACAUCGAAUAACAAUAACAAAGUUGUCGAGAACGGCGUGAAAGAGACAAACGGCGUAGAGAAGAGAGCGGCACAAGAGAAAGAUCCAUCCGAGCCGGUCGAUAAGAAGAAGAGGAUAUUAGAAAAGUUACAUUACGAGGAUCUAGAUAGUGUUAACAUUGGCGAAGAUGCCCAGGAGUUGAAGUUAUCAAAGGUAGAAAGGUAUUUAUUAGGCCCAUCCUCCCAAGUCAGCCAGGCAUGCACAAGCACUAACAAUCCACCGCCAUUGUCGGCUUUAGCGUCCAUAUGUCAAGCAUGGUCCAGCGGCCAACAGUGUCAAAGGCCGUUUAGGGUGAGUGCUUCAGCGGCCGUGGGUGCUUUGGGUGAAUUGAGUCCCGGAGGCGCUCUUAUGAGGCAACACCACGCCUCGUGUAUGGCUCAAUUAAUACCAACGGACGUGAAAAACGAGUUACACCGCAUUUACCUAUCCGGGGGGGAAUUGCUGAGGGAGUUAUGGCGGUGUUUCCCACAACCCGGCGCCGCCGCUGAGUCCGAAGACACCCCUGCGAGAGCGGAAAAGUUCUACGAGGCUUUGCUUAGGUUUAGGAAUGUCAAAUUACGACCUUUUGAAGAUAAGAUGCUACGUGAACUAACACCGCUAGCGUCUUCGCUAACGAAACAUAUGAACCAAAUGAUCGAUGCGGCCUGCGCCAAGUAUGCGAUGUGGCAGCAAAGACAGGCCAAGUUGAGGUAGUACACGCCUAACUACAACAUCAUACCGCAUAUGUAGCGUUGGUGUACUAAUAACUUUAUAUUGCGAACAAUGAUUAGCAAUUUUAGUGAAUACAGUGAUAAAAUUACCUAUUCAAGUUAAUAUUGAACGCGAAUUGACGCUGUUAUCUAUAAGGCUUGUGCCAAGUUUGCGCUGUUACAACAAAGGCACACCAAGUGAAGGUAAUAUAUGACUAACUUUUAAAUCAUAAUGCAUAUGUAGCCUGACCGAACGUGAAGCCUGAAGUGGUGACUAAAAACAUUAUUUCGAACCAUUAAUAGUAAUUUGAAUGAAUGAAGUGAUAAAAUACCGAUUCAAGUUGAUACAGAACGAGAAUUGACGCUGUUAUGGAUAAGGCUUGUCCCAAGUAUGCUCUGUGGCAACAAAUGCAGGUAAAAGUAGUAUAUGCCUAAGUACAGUAUAAUAUCUUAACUAUAGCGUUGGUGUACUAAGAACAUUGAUAAUAAUUUAUCCAUUAAAAUGUUAGCUUUGACAAGCCAUUAAGUAAAAAUGUGAGCCGGUGAUAAAACACCGAUUAAAAUUGAUCUUGAAUCGAAAAUAUCUUCGAUGAGGCGCAAAAAAGACUGGCCAAGUACAUAUAUAAUUACAACGUUGUUCUUGCGCACAUUAGCGUCGCUGUACUAAACAUUUGUCAAUUUAAUAUUUAUAAUGAAAACAAUGACUAUCAAUUUAAAUAAAUUCAGUGAUAAAAUAGCGGUUAAAGUUUUUACUGAGCCCUUAAAUUGACACUAUUAGUUAUACGGCUUGCGCCAAGUGUGCACUGUUGCAUCAUACCAAGUUGAGGUAUAACUAACUAAAUGUCUGUGUGUAAUAAAUUAAUGAAAUUGAUUCUAAACUUUUAAAUCGACAAUAUACAAAAAUACCGCGAAAUUCAACGUAUAAACAGGCACUAUCACUGUAAUACAUGCGCCACGUUUAAGCUCUGUAAAGACUUUUAUCGAAGGUCCUCAAAACUAAAUACUUACAUGAUAAUGGCAUAUUUUUUAAAAAUCCGAUAUGGCCUGCGCAAAGUAUUUGCUGAGGCAAAAAGGCAAGCCAAGUUUCAGCAGUCUCCUAAUUACAACAUCGUACAUAAAAUUAAUGGUUAAGGCUUAUAUCAUUCUUAAAUUGACUAUAAAACGGCCUUUAACUAAAUAUCUUUUGUGUCGUAAUAGCUAGUUAAUUCAGUGAUAAUAUUAUAGGUAAAGUUGAUAAGCUUAAGUGGACGUUAAAAUAACUACGGCCUACGCCAAGUUAGGACUUUGUGCAGGCCAAGUUAUAACAAUUAGUGAUUAACCAACAUUCUCAUCGAUUUGUACUGUCUUACUAGUUCACUACUACUAUUCGACUGUGAUUAUUUUUAUAAUCAACGUAUUGUACUAAAAAUAUAAAUGUAGUGUUAAAUAAAUAAAGUUGAAUAGCUAUUAAUCUUGCAUGUGUGGUCAUUUUGUAUUUAAGGUCACUGCCCAAGUUGCAAUUGCGCCUAGACUCUAUUUAUCAAUGCACACUUGUAUGUAACUACAUUUGUCAAUAAAUUUUUAAGUCAAAGCCAUCCGAAAAAUAUUAUCCCAUAGACUUAAUAGCCGUAUUGUUUGGUAAUAUUUUUUCGUAAAAGACAAAAGUGAACUUUAAGGGCCGGUUUUUCUAUUGUCAAUAAGAAUUAAUCAAGGUUUUUUUGCGUUAUCUUUCUUUAACACUCAUUAAAGUUUUGACGUUCAGAAGAAAAUGUAUUGAAAAUGUACAUUAUGAUACAAGUUUGCAAAGUUAAUUAUUGACUUUGAUGCGAAAAUGAUAUAGCGCUAAGAGGUUAAUGAAUUCAAUGUAUUAAAAAAAUAAUUUAUUCGACUGCAAUAUUCCUAAACUAUUCUAGCGUAAUAGACCGAAUUAAUUACCAAUAAUUGCAUUGUUAUAUUAACAAAAAGUUAAAAUCUCAAUAAUAAAUUGUUUAAUAGCGAAAGAUUAUGAUUAGAAAUGUUUAUGGAAAUUAGGGUAUAAAUCGGAUAUGUUUUACAUAUAAAAAAAUGACAGAAAUUCAAUAAAAAGCGCAUGCUCAAUUUUAUUUUCUUUGUUGAAAUUUUUAGUAGUAAAUCUAUAUUAUAGUACCAGAUGGGGAAGAAAAUUCCUGCAUAGACGUAUGGCUCAUGGUUAUAAUACAACAAAAUAUAUUAAAUACAUAUUAUUGUAAAACAAACAUAUGCAUAUCCUAUUUUUAUACAGGGAUUUUAUUAUUAUCCUACUUUAUUUCAUCUAUCGGGUCUAAAAUCUAGAUCUGACUAAUCCUU